CCCCUGGAGUUCUGCGGACGGCGGCUUCGUGGGUGGCCACUGUGCUCCCCUAGGUUGAGAAAGGAGACAUGGAAGCCAAGUCCACUCGGGGCCGAGGUGAGAUCGCCCCCGCCCAGGUGACCAUAGAGUCUGGCGGGCGGGGAGAGGGGCCCGAAGCCCGGGCCGCUCCGUCCCGGCUUCCGGCAGCGCCUCGCUGCUCCGGGAGCGGCUGUAGCCGCGUACGCAGUUUCCAUGGGGACAGAAGAUGGCGCCGCGAGGUGAGAUUCCGGAGGUAAACGGUUGUCCUCAACGCCUCUGGAAAUCCUGUUCUUUUUGAACGGGUGGUAUUAUGCUACCUAUUUCCUGCUGGAACUCUUCAUAUUUCUGUAUAAAGGUCUUCUGCUACCAUAUCCAACGGCCAACUUAGUGCUAGAUGUGGUGAUGCUCCUCCUUUAUCUUGGAAUUGAAGUCAUUCGACUCUUUUUUGGUACAAAGGGAAACCUCUGCCAGCGAAAGAUGCCACUUGUUAUUAGCAUGGCUUUGACCUUCCCAUCUGCCGUGAUGGCCUCCUACUACUUGCUGCUACAGACCUACGUGCUCCGCCUGGAAGCCAUCAUGAACGCCAUCUUGCUCUUCUUCUGUGGCUCAGAGCUGCUACUUGAAGUGCUCACCCUGGCUGCUUUCUUCAGUAUGGACAGGAUUUGACGUGCAGAAAUUUCAGCCAGCAGCCCAUCAGGCUGACACUACACACACUUCUGGUACUUGCGUCAUACCAGUGAGAAUUGGUGGGUCAAGUUUUCCUGGGAAAGGUGAUGCAGCAAAGACAUUUGAGCAACCAACCCAGCAUAAGGCCAGUGGGCACCAUCUUCUAAACCUGGACCAUCAGCUCGAGAGACUCUUCUGCACUGAAGUGUAGGGAGGGGCAAGGCUAUCCUUAUCCUGGCCCUUCUCAGAACCAAUUCCCUGCUGACCUCAAGUUUUCUCUUUGAUCAUCAUGGCCAGGGCAUCUUAUGUGGACCAUCUAGGCUCCUUGGGCUUCCAGCAGGACCUGAGCCACAUGCCCCUAUAUGUUCUGUGCCAUACCUGUCCUGUAUGAGCCCAGAGAGCCUCAUAUUGGUGGACUCCCAGAAUGAUGCAAAGCCUCUCACCCCAUUGCUCAAAAAGACUCAGCUUCAGAGCUUUUUUUAGUAGCUCAUAGUGUUAUUUUUCUACUCUCAUCAUGAAACAAACAUUAUUUUAUAAUAAAUAUGUAUUUUCUGCUG